AGGCAAUUGAGUGUGGAUUAAGAAAACAACAUCAGUAUAAUGUCUUCCCGCAACGUAACCUGUUAUUCAAGCACACUGCACCAUUCCCCUCAGGUCAAAGUUUCCUCACAACAUUAUUUGAAGACACCUUUGAGAUAGAAGAACAUAGGAAGAUCUCGUGCUUAAUUGAACUACAGGCCAAUCAGCCAUCCAAAUUCAUCUGUGUCUGAUUUCAUGAGCAUUGGUCCUCAGAGAAGUUGAAUACCAAGAACAAAAAAAUUGUGCAGAAAAAAAUCACCCUGUUUAUUUAGUAUAUUUCUUCUUUGCCACAACCUUCACCUUUACAACAAGAUAGCUAACAUUUUUUGUGUAUAUAAAUAUAUAACCGAAGCAUUUUAGACUGUAACCACCAAAGAUUCAUUAUCCAACUAGAGAAAACUUUUCAACAUCAACAACCCUCAUGAGGCUUAUUGUUUUUUCUCUAACUCUUGUCCUCGUAACAAUUGAGAAAGCAGAAUCAAUAAGCAGAGCAGAUUUUCCAAAAGGGUUUAUAUUUGGAACUGCUUCUUCAGCUCACCAGUUUGAGGGAGCAGCUGAUGAAGGAAACAAAGGAGAUAGCAUAUGGGAUACUUUCUCAAGGAUACCAGGGAGAAUUGUGGAUUUCAGUAAUGCAGACAUGGCAGUGGAUCAAUACCACAGAUUUCAGGUGAACUAAGAAAAAACAUUUGUUGACUUCAGCUUCACUCUACCCACAUUAGUUGCUUCAAUUUUUCUUUCUCUACCCCUUUUGGUGCAUGUGGUCAUUAUCCAUGUUGAAAUGCCUAGGAUUAGAAUAUUGUAUAAAUGGUAAACAAUUCGAACGAUCACCGCCAUGUUUAUGACGAUGGACAACGUUUUACCAA